AACAACACAAGAAGAAGAAUAAAGAUGCGACAGGCAUUAGGAGUCAGCCCUACCGCUUAACGAAGGUUGCAAGCAACGUUGUGCGAUUACAACCGCGUCAGUAUAGAUGGAGAAGUACUCGGGAUUAUAUAAGGAGCCGACCGAUGCCACGAAACAGCAGGAAAGACACUAUUAUCUCCUGUCCGAGCUUCAAAUACUGGUCAAAGACUUGCCAAGCUGGUUUCAGCAGCGCUUGUCGUACACAACGCUGAGUGAUUUGGCCCAAGCGCUCAUAGAUGGCACUGUGUAUGAGAUUGUCCAGGGCCUAUUGGAUAUCCAGCACCUGACUGAGAAAAACCUGUACAACCAAAGGCAGAAAUUACAUACUGAGCACAGAGUUCUCAGGCAUGAGUUGAUACGGAAACAGAAAGCCGCUCUGCAGUCAUGCAAAUCACAUAACCUCACUGUACUAAAAGCAAGCCAGCAUGCAGAAAGAGAGGGUCUUGAGCAGCGUGUGAAAGAUGAGCAACGAAUGAUGGAUGAGAAAAUUGUGGCAGAGAUGGAUCAGAAGGUCCUGGACCAACAGAACACACUUCAGAAAGCUGGAGUCCCUGGGUUCUACAUCACCACCAUCCAACAGGAAGUGACAAUGCAGAUGAACUUACUGGAGUUGAUCCUGAAGUUACAACAAAAAGAGUCUCAGUCUGGACCACUUAUUUGAGUGACAUAAACCCUAUUUUUUUCAUGUUUAGAUUGUCCAUUGUUGUCUGCAUAUGGACUGAUCUGGCAGGAAGUAUCCCCUAGUUUGUUCAUGAAAGAUGUACUUGGGAUACCGAGUGCUUGAUAAGAAAUGUUAGCCUCCCUGCUGCCUUGAAGAAUGUUAAUUUUCACUUUAUUCAUGCAACAUUUUCUAAUUGUAACACCAAUCAAAUGAUAAUGGGGGGGUUCUUAUUUACCCAGGCAGUAUCUGAUGCAUCAUUGCCUAUUCAUUGUACACCAGAAGGUCUUGACUAUUAUAGUCUAUACUACCACCAUAUUAAAGUAAUGUUAUAUAUCAGUGAGACAAGACUUUUCAUUCUCAAGAAUGUAUGUCAGCAUACUCAUAAAUGUGGGGAAAUGAAACAUCUCUAUGAAGGGUAGUGCUUUUUUUUUUUUUAAUGCCAUGGGAUAAUUAGCAAGAAGCUCUACUAUUUAUAACCUACAUAAUCACUUGUGAAAAAUUUGAUAAUGUGGCAAAACAGAAUAUGUACAGAAUCUAAAGCAUGUGAAUAAUGAAAGUAUUACACAAUUAUUAAUCUCUGCUUAGUAGGAUUGUGCAAUAUAACAAUUUUUAUUGUCCAUAAACAUUACAUUGCCACAAUAUCCAGUGAUACUUACUCAUUGAUUGAUAUUGUAUUAAAAGACCUACCAGCUUUUACAUGUUUUCCUUAGCUGCAUAAUUUAACAUCACAGUUGUGUUAUAACCUAAUAAUAUGUCAAAAGAGCAAUCAUUUUCUCCUAAAUAAAACAGGAGCAAAUUGAAAUGUUAUACUAGAAUGAUUUUCACAGGUGUUCUGAAUUCUCUGAUAUUAACUGACACAGCCUGGAGGCCUCUGCCCACUUCCUCCCAUCUCAGAUGUAAUAGGCUGUUUGUUAAGCUGUUUGGUGUACUUUCUAAUUCUGUCAAAGUAAAUAGAGAAAGUUUGAGUUCAAUAAUGCAUAAUAAAAUCUAUCAGUCACUUUAUGUGCAACUUAAAUAUA